CCAGGGCAGCUGCUCCUCAGCCAGCCGGGACACUGGGCCUGCGGAGAGACGGCCUGCAAGAGGGGCCAUUUCACCUGGAGCUGUUCUCUCAGCAGCGCAAGAUGCAGUUAUCUGCUACCCGCUCCACGAUUAGAACUGUUUCUUCGUCAUGGCAUGUGGACUGGACAGAUGCCACGUCCCUGUUAGUCUGGGAGGACUUCAGGGAAACAAGGAGGUUGCAGCAUGCACCCAGUUAGGUGAUGGGGAUCUUCUUGCACUGGUCUUUUCUUUCUGGAGCGCAUCCUGAUAUCCUUUGUCAUCCAGAGCUUUCCCCUCUGUUGCUAAGAAGAGUGAUGGUCGUGAUGAGGACUAAAUCCGGUUUCACUGCUUUGACAGAGAAAUUCAUCCAGAGGAGCGGCCCAGACAGAGGCACUGAUGAGCUGGCGCAAACCCUCAAUGACUACCUGUGUGACAUUUUGGAGGAGAUGCUGAUUUUUGGAGGAGACAUCUUUAAGUUUGCUGGGGAUGCUGUGCUGGUGCUGUGGAGAGCACCACCCCGGGAGCUGGCUAAGACCAUCAGCCUGGUGCUGCAAUGUAGCCGGCAGAUCCAGAGGAAGUAUGGGAAUCGUGACACGCGCGUGGGUCAGAAGGUCCGACUGAAGAUAGGGAUCUCUGCAGGGCCCAUGGACCUCCUGCUAGUCGGAGACAGGAGGCGGCAGUACUUCUUGAUCUGUGGCCAGGCCCUGGAUGAAGUUCGUGAGGCCGAAGAGCUUGCGAACGCAGGUGAAGUAAUCCUCUCGGCCACCUCCUGGGAGCUCUGUGAGCAGCACCGGCUCAGGACCAGGCGCCCUGCAGGCAAAAGAGCUGUGAAGGUUACAGGCAUGGAUCGGAUGUCUUGGUCAGAAUGCCAAGACGCUUUACGCAAGCUUGUGCAACACCCAAGGAGCCGCCGCUUGGAAGGGGAAGGUGCCAUGAGGCCCGCUCUUCCCCUGCCCAGCGGUCCUAAUACGCACGACAUGCUUAGCAAGUACAUAUCAGAAGCUGCUCUCAGGAAGCUUGAUGACAGAGUGCCGCUGGAACUCUUCUCUGAGCUACGGCCAGUCACCAGCCUCUUCGUCCAACUGCAGUUGACUGCAGGUAUCAACACAGUGGCCAUCCACACCGCCGUCCACGAUGCCAGCAGGAUGAUGCUGGAAAUCCUCUGUCCUCACAAAGGCGAAAUCAACAAAAUCGUCCUGUUUGAUAAAGGCUGCGUGUUCCUCUGUGUGUUUGGCCUCGGCGGAGAAAAGCUGCCCUACGAGAGCAUUCACGCCUUGCAGAGUGCUAGUCAGAUCUUCAAUUCCUGCUCCAUGAUGCUCAUGGAAACAGAGGCGGUGUCUGUUGCAGUUACCAGUGGGACGGUGUUCUGCGGAGUCACCGGCCACCCUCUGAGGCAUGAAUACACAGUCAUUGGCCAGAAGGUGAAUUUGGCAGCCCGGAUGAUGGUGCACUACCCUGGGCUGGUGUCCUGUGAUGCAGUGACCUACGCCUCCUCUCGGCUGCCCCCUUACUACUUCAAGGAGCUGCCGGAGAGAAAGAUGAAAGGCCUCAGUCAUCCUGGCACUGUCUAUCAAUAUGUGGGGAUCACCAAGAAGAGCAUAUUUGGCAUGGGUCUUGCCAAGAAGAGGUCAGAGUACGCCCCCUUACUGGGUCGGGAGAAGGAGAUUGACCUCUUUGGCAGCUGCUUGAAAGCCUACGAGGACUUAGGACAAAGGCACAUCCUGGCAUUUGAGGGACGAUGGGCUCCGGAAAGAGCCACUUACUUACCGAACUGGCCUAUUUCGGCCAGGCUGCUGGCCACAGUUUCUGGCCAGUUUCCCGUUUCGGACAAGGUUCGCGAGAUGCGUGGAAUUGAAAGAAAAAAGGAGUUGCACUCGACUUGGGCAAAAGUGCUAGAGAAGACCAUUGGAGGAGAAUUUGGCAUAUUCGUCAUUGACAAUGCCCAUUUCAUCGACCCUGCCUCCUGGAGUAUCAUGUCACCCCUGCUCCGAAAUGUCUCCUACUUCAUGGUCAUGAGCUUAGCGCCGGGCUACGCAAGAACAGAGGGCUUUUGCAAAGCUGCAGCAGACAACACAACGUCCCAGAAAAUCACCUAUCUUCGUCUGGAUGAGCUGAAACCUUCAGCUGUGGUGCAGACAGUCUGCCAGAACCUUAGAGUGGACAGCACAGAUCUAGCGAGGUUCCUGAUCCAAAGAAGCUCGGGGAUCCCGUAUUACUGCAAGGAGCUGCUGGGCUGCCUUCUUUGCAAUGACAUGCUCUUGCUCCGCACCCGGAGGCGGGCUGAAAAAGCAGAGGACAACUGGGAGAGCCUGAUCAUUGAGGCUUCACCCCUCGCAGCAACCUCGAGCUCCAGCGCGGGGAAUGAUGGCAGGGUCUGCAUCAUCAGGCCAGACGUGAACCCGGAGAACACGGUGCUGCCCACCACCUUGAAAGAGAUUGCGCUGGCCCAGCUGGACCGGAUAAAGCCACUGAAGCAGACGGUUUUGAAGUUUGCAGCUGUCAUCGGGCCAGUGUUUACCACCCAGCUGCUGUCGCACAUCCUUCCUGAUGGCAUGAGGCACAAGAUGAAUUGCUUGUUGGACAUGCUGGUGAGCGACAACAUCCUUAAGUGGCUGAAAACCACAGAGGUGCCAGAAGAUGUCCGAGAUCCUACCAAGGGGCCAGGCACCUCUCGGCAGGCAGGGAGUGGUGUGGAGAGACCCUCUCCGAGCAAGAAGACCACGGAGCGGCAGUCUGGCGUGCUGGUCUUCUGUGUCCCACUGCUGCGGGAGGCUGCCUACGAGCUGUGGCCCGAGAGACAGCGGGUCGCCUUGCACCGCAAGUGCGCCGCCUUCCUGGAGCGGCACGUGCACAAAUGCAAGAGCUGCGGCCAAGGGGACUUUGUUGCCUUCCACCGCUUCACCGUCACCAGAACCUGGGAGGGAGGGAGCAGUCAGGGCCCUGCUGAGCAGGGUGACCCUCACAGCUGGGAGGCCUUGGUGCUCGCAGGAGAACAGCUGACCAUUUGCUAG